UCUGCCAGCAGAGAUCAUAGGAUCUAUGGCUGGGACAGGGAGAUUCCACCUAAUAAUUGAAGCCUUUAUUAUUUUCUCCGAAUGCUCGGAGUGAUGUGGUUUUAUAUUAAAGUACUCUUUUGCCAAGUAUUGUUAUAGAAUAGUAAAAUUAAGUACUUUUUUGGUUUUCUAUCUUCAGCAAAUGAAAGGAUAUGUGGAGCUGCUGCAUCACCACAUUUGCUUUGAAGCCAAAGCUCAGAAUACCCAAAAUACUAAAAUUAGCCGGGAAUCAAACGACUGAAUGCGUCUGGUCAGGAAGCUGUCGCAUCUGAGGUAUGUGGCCAUUAGGAAUACAUUCAACACACUGAUGUGGAAACGCUCUUUUUUCCGGCUUUUCUCCACGCACAAGAGGCAAUGGCUAAGCUAAAGCAGGAGGAAUAAACACAAGUGCACUUUUUAAUUCCUUAAUGCUGUUUCGUCUUCUGAAUUGGAGAUGAUUGUGUUAUUGCUCCUGUUUUGCACUGUGGAUGGAGUGCUUUCCCAGAUACGAUAUUCUGUUCCUGAGGAGCAGGAUCAUGGCACGUUUGUGGGAAAUAUUGCUGAGGAUUUGAGCUUGGACAUAACAAAACUUUCAUCGCGCAGAUUUCAGACUGUGCCCAGCUCACGGACUCCUUAUCUGGAAGUCAAUUUAGAGAACGGGGUGCUUUUUGUGAAUGAGAAAAUCGAUAGGGAGGAAAUCUGUAAGCAGAGUGCUACCUGCCUACUGCACCUGGAAGUCUUCUUGGAAAAUCCGUUGGAGCUUUUUCGUGUGGAAAUUGAAAUAGUGGAUAUCAAUGACAACCCCCCGAGCUUCCCAGAAACCGACAUCACGGUGGAGAUUUCGGAAAGCGCCACCCCGGGAACUCGCUUCCCACUAGAGAGCGCGUUCGAUCCAGACGUCGGCACCAACUCGCUGCGCACGUACGAAAUCACCACCAACAGCUAUUUUUACCUCGAUGUGCAAACGCAAGGCGAUGGUAACAAGUUUGCUGAACUUGUGUUGGAAAAGCCGCUAGACAGGGAGCAGCAGGCGGUUCACAGGUAUGUACUCACAGCAGUGGAUGGCGGUCUGCCUCAGAGGACCGGCACUGCGCUUCUGGUCAUUAAAGUGUUAGAUUCCAACGAUAAUGUGCCCGUCUUUGAUCAGUCAGUGUACACUGUGAGCUUGCCCGAAAACUCUCCAGUGGGUACGCUUGUGAUUCAGUUAAAUGCCACCGACAUGGACGAGGGAAAAAAUGGGGAAAUCGUGUAUUCGUUUAGUAAUCACAUAUCCCCGAGAGUGAGGGAGCUGUUCAGCAUCGACCCACGAACAGGCAGGAUUGAAGUGAGCGGAGAGGUUGACUACGAAGAAAGCAAUAUGUAUCAGCUGUACGUUCAGGCGAAGGAUCUAGGACCCAACGCCGUUCCUGCUCAUUGCAAAGUUUUGGUCAAAGUAGCUGAUAUAAAUGACAACGCACCCGAGAUCAGCUUCAGCACAGUGACCGAGUCGGUGAGCGAGAAGGCAGCCCCUGGCACCGUGAUCGCCUUGCUCAGCGUCACCGACAGGGACUCUGGUGAGAAUGGGCAGAUCCACUGCGAAAUCCUGGGAGACGUACCUUUCAAGCUGAAAACUUCGUUUAGGAACUACUACACCAUCGUCACCGAUGGGCCCCUGGACAGGGAAAACACCGACUCGUACACCAUCACUGUGGUGGCAAAGGACAAGGGUUCUCCCUCACUGGCCACCAGCAAGUCUAUCAAAGUGCAGGUAGCAGAUGAGAACGACAACGCCCCAAGAUUUACGCAGCCUGUGUACGACGUAUACGUGACUGAAAACAAUGUACCAGGGGCUUAUAUUUACGCGGUAAGUGCAAUAGACCAUGACAUUGGACAGAACGCCUAUAUUUCUUACUCCAUAUUGGAGUGUGAUAUCCAGGGCAUGUCGGUUUUCACCUACGUGUCUAUCAACUCUGAGAACGGCUACCUGUACGCACUGCGUUCCUUUGAUUAUGAACAGCUCAAAGACUUCACUUUUAUGGUCCAAGCAAAAGACUCGGGCAGCCCCUCACUGUCAGCCAACGCCACUGUGAAAGUGAUCAUAGUCGAUCAGAACGACAACGCGCCCUCCAUCAUCUCACCUCAGGGCAGGAAUGGCACGGCCAGAGAACAUCUACCCCGGUCAGCCGAGCCAGGGUACUUAGUCACUCGGAUAGUGGCGGUAGACGCAGACGACAGCGAGAAUGCCCGCUUGUCGUACAGCAUUCUGAGAGGAAAUGAACUGGGUAUGUUUCGUAUGGACUGGAGAACUGGGGAGCUCAGGACUGCUAGACGGGUCCCAAGCAAAAGGGAUCCUCAUCACCCCUAUGACUUGUUGAUAGAGGUAAGAGACCACGGGCAGCCGCCCCUCUCCUCCACAUCCAGCAUCUUAGUUGUCAUCGUGGACAGCAUCGUGGAAGGCCGCAGUGGGGAUCACGGUUCAGCAAAACCCAAGGAGACCUCUUUGGAUUUAACUCUAAUUCUUAUUAUUGCGCUGGGAUCUGUCUCCUUUAUUUUCCUGCUUGCCAUGAUAGUGCUUGCCAUUCGGUGCCAAAAGGACAAAAAACUUAACAUUUAUACGUGCCUGGCCAGUGACUGCUGCUUUUGUUGCAGCACCUGCUGUAGCAGGCAAGCAAGAGCUCGAAAGAAAAAGCUAAGCAAGUCGGAUAUAAUGCUGGUGCAGAGCUCCAAUGUCACAAACGCAGCACAGGUACCUGUGGAGGAAUCUGGGAGCUUCGGUUCGCACCAUCAGAACCAGAACUACUGCUACCAGGUGUGCUUGACGCCCGAGUCUGCCAAAACUGACUUGAUGUUUCUGAAGCCCUGCAGUCCAGCUAGAAGCACAGACACUGACCACAACCCCUGCGGAGCCAUAGUGACAGGUUAUACAGACCAACAGCCCGACAUCAUAUCUAACGGCAGCAUACUGUCAAACGAGACCAAACACCAGCGUUCUGAGCUCAGUUAUCUGGUUGACAGACCACGACGAGUUAACAGCUCUGCAUUCCAGGAAGCAGAUAUAGUGAGUUCAAAAGACAGUGGUCAUGGAGAUAGUGAACAGGGUGACAGUGAUCACGAUGCCACAAAUCGGGGCCACUCCACUGGUGCUGAUCUCUUUUCCAAUUGCACAGAAGAGUGUAAAGCCUUAGGGCACUCAGAUAGAUGUUGGAUGCCAUCCUUUGUGCCAUCAGAUGGCCGGCAGGCUGCAGAUUACCGCAGCAAUCUGCACGUUCCAGGAAUGGACUCUGUGCCAGACACUGAGGUAUUUGAAACUCAAGAACAAACGGGGGAGAGAUCUUUCUCUACCUUUGGCAAAGAGAAGUCACAUCACGGCACCCUAGAGAGGAAAGAGUUUGAUGCACUUCUGUCUAGCACACGUGCGCCUUACAAGCCACCUUAUUUGUCGCGGAAAAGGAUUUGCUAGUCCAUUCUGUGUGGACAUACCUGAGACAGCAUGAAUUUGCACAAUAGUCGACCAACAAAAGCAUCAAGUUUUCAACUUCAUUAUCUUGGCCAUCCAGUUGUUUGCAACCAUUGGUUGUUCUGCCUUGGGGGACAGAGAAUAAAUGGCCAAAAAACUAGGACCUUUUUUUGCUCUCAGCAGGCCUGAGAAAUGAGUUGAAACAUGGAAUUAUUAAAAAAAAAAACAAAAAAAAAAAAAAACAAAUGUUGGGUGACGCAGCUCACCCAUCAGAUCUGUGUGUGCCUGUUUACAGCACCAUUUAUCUUACAAUGUCACUGAGCCCUUUAGAUGUUUAUAUUCACACCAAGAAGCCAAUUGUACAGAUGAAAGAAAAAUAUGUGCAUUAUAAAUGCAAUAUCACUGUUUUAGACUUGACUGUUUUAUAUUAUUUUUGUGUGGUCAGGUGUUCCCAAAACUUAACUUCAACUUUACAAGGAAGAUGGUUCUCAUAUUCUAUUCACCAAGUGGAUCGAAACAGUUUUUGACCAACAAUUUAAUCAAAGACAUUCUGUAGUUUAUACCAUGUGUGCAAAGUGUUUACUGUACUAUUUCAAAGCUUCUAAAUAAAUAUAAAUAUAUAUAUAUAUAAAUAUAUAUAUACUUUUCUUAAAAGUGUGGUAUCCAUUGGUCAGUUUCUUAUAUACCAUAGAAUUUCAAUAAACAUGCUUUAAAAAAUAAUCACAUUUAUCGUGAACAUAUCACUUUUUACCCAAAUGUUAACAUUACUUUUGAAUAUGAAAAUUUUACUGUAAAAACUAAAUAUAUAAUUACCAUACAGAGAAUUCUUUUCGCACUGAAAGUGUCAGAGAAAUGCUCAUUUAAGUGGUAGUUAAAAUGUUGUAAAGACCAGCUUUUGUAAUUAUUGGCACACCUGAAAAACAUACUAGUUUUGAAAAAACUGUGUCUCGCAGUUUAAUUUUUAAACAACUGUUAGACAUUCUUAUAAACUGUUGAAAAGAACACAUCAAAGAAAAAAACCACACUGUACAUGUUUGGAUUAAUAUGUCCAUGCCAUCUCAUGCCUUUUGUUGCCAUGACGGUUUACAACAGUUUUACAGUAUGUGCUUAUAUUUUCCUGCUGCUGUCUCUCACUAGCCUUCUGACAAAAAGUGAAAAGCGGCACACUAUAUAAGUGACAAUCAGGUGAGCGAGCAGGGAUAGCAGUCAGUUUAUUAGCUGUAUGUUAAAGUAGUUUGUCGUUUUUAUGGGUUUUGGUAGUCAAAUGGCGAGUUCUAAAGGCAGUAAAAUUUGACAGUUGUCCUAUACUCAAAAGAAUGGUUUACAGCGUUAAGUCAUCAGUCCAUGCUGUUCUAAGAGAAGGGUAGCUCAGACCGAAAAAGUGUUUUAAUAGACAAUGGAAAAAAAAAAUAGAAUGACAACCAGAAUUUCUAAUGUGUUCAUUUUUCAUACCAGUAACUUACCUCAAAAAAACAAACAAACAAAAAAAAAAACAGGCAAAAUUUUGUAUUCUCUUUCCAGGGCGGCAAUUCAUUCAGCUUAUGUCUUGUAGAUCUUUUUCAAAUACGUAUAAAAAUGACAUGUAACUUUUUUUAUUUUGGCCAUUUUACAUUCUGCACAGUUUAAGAAAGAAUGCAGUAAAAAGAGGUUAGUUCAAAAUAUAAUCAAAAUAAAACCUUUAACUGUAACUGUAUUUGCAGGUUACUGAUAUGUUUUUUUUUUUAACAUUUUUAUGCAUACCAAAACAUUUUUUCAAUUUUACAAACAUGUCACUAUGCUUUUCUAAUUAACCACUGAUUCACUUAUUUGUGAAACCUAAGUGAUUGUCUUUAAGUAUCACAAAGCCAAAGUAAAUCUGCUUUCUGCCUUCUUUUUUGAAUUUUUAAAUUUUUAAAAUUGAAUUUUUAGUUAUUAUUUCAGCAUUAUUAAAGGGAUGCAUGUUCUGUUGAUUUCACAAUUUGGACUUGACUAUUUUUGACAGCUCAGUACAUUUUCCAUAUAUGCGUUUGGUGAACAGUGCAUGCUCUGAAUGAGUUUGAAACAGUUCACUAUAAUAAGUACUGUAAAUCUCUCUUUUUUCUAACUGUACUGCUGUUAUCGUAAAAUCAACAUUUAUUCCUCAGUUGCCCGAGAGUAAGUUUUCUGUGUCAAACAUUUUCCCAUUUAGUUUCAGAUAUUCAGAGCAUUCCCUAAAGCAAUUUGAGAUAAAUAAUUUGAAUAAAAUAAAUAAUUAACUUGUUGCCCUAAGGCAACACCAUGCAGUAAAUACAGCACAAACCCACUUAGCUUUGGGGCUUCAUUUCAUGUUCCAUAUUGAGCCAGUUUCUUGGUUAGGGUUUUUCUUUAGCCAUUGUUUUGAAUGAAUCCAUUCCUGCUGACAAACACAGAAAACUUGAAUAUUUUAAUGUGAGAAACUGAAAUGAAUAUUGCAGGAAAAAUGUAAUGUUUGUAUUUUUACUUUUGUGAAGCCUAAUGUUCAUAAAAUAUACAGGGUUCCACAAUAAAUUACAACAAAGUGAUAAUGUACAGUGCAAUAUAUUAACUUGUGACACAACAGGGUUAAUGCUGGCUACCAAGGGUCAUGUCAGCUGACAUUCUAAGCAGCAUUUAUGGGCAGUAGAAGAAAGAGGCUUUUUAACGACCUGCUUACUUUGAAUUAUUCAGUCUUUUUCCCCCCUUAGUUUCAUUAGUCACGUGAGUUUUUAAUGAUGGGAAAAUGGCAUCCUCACCCUGUUUACUUUUGGAAUUGCGGCAGUUUAAGUUCACUUCCUGAAAGGAGAAGAUUUGUGCAAGUCCCCAAUUCAUCCAGACUGAGGCUCUUUUUAAAAGAUUCCUAAAAAACAGCCUUUCUCUCAAUUGUAAUCGAUUGUUGCUCUGCUAUUUUCGUAUUGUAUUCAUUUCAGACUUUAUCAUGAAAUCAGAAUUCAUGUAAUUAAUUUAUUGAACGUGCUUAAUCCAACUUUAGGGUCACAGAAAGCCUAAAAGGUUUAAAAAGAGAACUUAGACAUUAAAUAUAUCUAAAAAAAUAAUUUCUAAGUUUAUAAUUUAUUUUUUUUUAUAAGAGCUGUAUGGUGAUAGUGUGGUAAAAGCUGAUACUGUAUUUGUGGUAUUUCCAUUUGCUCAAUGUAUGUGUGAGUUGUUUCCUGGGUAUUUUGGCUUUUGCUCUAAUAUCUCAAACGCAUGCAUGUUAGGAUAAUUUGUGUGUUUACAUUUGAAAGAGUGUGGAUGUGUGAGAAUGAACAUAGCUAAAGGUGCAGGGAUGUUUCCUACAUUGUAACCCGUGGUGCUGGAAUAAGCCGUAGCUUCCCGUGACCUUGAAACUGGAUUAAGCUGAUUUGAUAAAUAGAUGCAUAUCUUUUUUAAGACCUCCUCUUCCUGAAAAACUGACAUGUCCUCCAUUUUAAAACAUUUUUGAGCGUAACAUUAUAUUUUCAGGCCUCCGUUUCAACAAAGAAUAGUUGAAUAUUGACAAAGUAAAAGGUAAAUGCAUCUGUACUUUAGUGACACAUAUUCAGUCUGUCAGACCUCUUACAUAAGAAUUUUAUGUGACAUUAUUUUAUGCACCACUGUAGAGGAAACACGUUCUAUCCCUCAUGCUUUACUGUGUGCUUUAAAUUAGGUCAUAUUAUAUAAAUAUGGAUCUCCCUCUGUCAACGGUAUUUCUCAGGCCUGCUUCUGCGAUCUUUCAAUGUCUAUAAACAGCACCAAAAUGUUCUCAGUAUCACUAUGUCUCCUAAUUCCAGUGGAAGUCUCCUUUAUUCCAUAGAAUAUCCCUGUAUUCAUCAUAUUUUCUAUGUAUUUAUAAUCUGCAUAAUUUUCUUCAGUUUACAUUCACUUAUAUAUCUCAUUAAGAACAGCUUUUCUUACAUGGUAUUACUUUCAGGCAACAAGAUCAUCCAAGUCAAUUAAAUAGAGAGGAAUCUAAAAUUUACCAAAACCCGUUUCUGUUUUUUCUUUUUUUUGUCCCAGCAACAACGGCACUGUCUUCUGUUUUUCAUUCCUUUUUCCAAUAUUGUGACGGUUCAUGUAACUUCCAAACUUUUUAUGAAAAUGCAAAAUGCCUGUCUUAUUUACAUAUGCCACUGAAUGAAAACCGGAUGACAUGACAUUGCUUGGGGACCGGCUUUGUGUGUAACCUGUGCUACAUCUUUACAAAAUGCAUCACAAUGAACUCCCAUUGGACUUUUUAAAUCGUUGCUUGAUGGUAACAUCAUGUAUUGAAGCAUAAAUGUUACCAUCCUGUAUAAAAGAGAAAUACUGACACAGUUAUAUUUUGUUUGAUCAGUGCUCGAGAGCUUUAAGUUGCCUGCUGCCAUGCUAUUUUGAAUGACUUCCUAAAAUGUUUUAUUCCAUGCCAUUCCUUACCUAGAUACAUGACUUUUACUAUACUGUGUGCCUUUAAGUUAAGCUAAUCAAAUAUAUACCUGUGUAUCUAUUUAGAAAGAUGAAGCAGGGUAAAUGACAAAAUAUUCUAUAUUUUACGAAUGUUUUGAUCCAAUAUUAGUGUCAUAAGUCAAUGGUUAAUAUGUAUGUUGUUAUUGUACUUAAUUACAGAAUAUGUCAUUCUGAUUUCAGACGUCUGUUCUUAAAAAUGUUUCCUUAAAGAAAAGUCGUAUUUAUUUUUAUAUAAUGAAUGUAUUACAUGUGCUUCUGAAAUUAGUUGAUACAAAAAUGACUUAAGAAAACUUUUGACAAUAGCAGCUACAGACUGAGAUGAGCAGUAUGGCAGACAAGAGAGUGGGGACAGAUUUCACUUAUAUAUCAUUGUUUUACAUAAAUUGCAAACCCCUUGAUCAUUCUUAAAAAGUGCCACAUGUGAACAAGUAGACUUUUAUAUAAAAAAAAAAAAGAAAAAUGAAAAUAGAUAAAAAUCUAUGUUAGUUAUUAGCAGAGAAAUCUGCAUUUACAGCAGCUUCAUGUUUAAUGUCUCGUUUCAUGUAAAUAAUGCAAAAAAGCAGCAAUAUUUAAUAAUAAAUUUUGGAUAGUUUCUGUUAAUUUUAGAAGGAAAUGAAUGAAGCAAUUUAAGUUAAUUUUAUUCAUUUUGCUGCCCCAUCACCUUUGAAGUGUCUUAGAUAAUCAAACAAAACAUCAGUCCUUUUCAUAAAAGUUCAAUGCAUAGAUAAGAAAGGUAAGCAAGUAAUUAUAUAAUAUUGUUAUUUGUU